UUUUGGCAGCUAAUAAAAAUCAUUCCUUUCGGUGUGCUCCGGUAUCAGCAGAUCCGCCGAUAUCGUCCUUGAAUUAAAAAUCCGAUUUUCUAAUUGUUAGCCGGUUUUGCGUGCUAACGCUGUAAUUUUGCCAGCCGUACAGCGCGAGUUUUCCUGAAAGAUUUUCAAUGGCUGACCAGCAAACUACUGUGUCAUCAUCGGCCACUGAUGGCCUUGAUAUAAGUUCCGAGCCGAAAUCUGCCGAAGGAUUAAAAAACGGCGAACUAUCUGGGGAAGCCAAUGAAGGUACCGGAAAGGCAGCCAAGAGCAAAAAGAAAAAGAAGAACAAGGCCCAAACGGAAACGGUGGCCGUAGAAGUAGGUGGUUCAUCAAAACCGGACAGUGACGGUGGCCCAGCUGUGCAAUUUUCCACUUCCGCCGAUAGCGCAGAAGCUUCCGGAUUAUCUUUGAAAGCUGGACCGGGUCAAAUGCCCAACCAGGACAUGCUGAUGAAUGUUAUCGAGCAGUUGAAGCUGACUUCCCUGAAGCCAGCGAAAACUCCCGAGGAGGCCCUGAACAAAUCGUUUAAGUUCUGGUCCACCCAGCCGGUGCCGCGUAUGGACGAAACCAUAGCCGUAAAUGAACCGAUCGAAGCGGACAAACCGAUUAGUGAGAUCCGAGCCGAACCCUACACUCUGGCGGAUGGAUUUACCUGGGACACUUUGAAUCUGGAGGAUCCCUUGCAGCUGAAGGAGCUGUACACUCUGCUGAACGAGAACUAUGUCGAAGAUGACGAUGCCAUGUUCCGUUUCGAUUAUCAACCCAAUUUCAUAAAGUGGGCCCUGCAGCCUCCGGGAUGGCGUGCCGAUUGGCAUUGUGGUGUCCGGGUGAUUAAAUCUGGCCGCUUGGUCGGAUUCAUUUCAGCCAUUCCUGGAACGCUUAACGUCCACCAAAAGACGCAAAAAAUGGUUGAGAUUAACUUUUUGUGCGUGCACAAAAAGCUACGCUCCAAACGAUUGGCACCGGUGUUGAUUCGGGAAAUUACUAGACGCGUCAAUCUGACCGGCAUAUUCCAAGCUGUGUACACAGCCGGUGUGGUGCUGCCGAAGCCGGUUGCUUCCUGCCGGUACUGGCAUCGAUCGCUCAAUCCAAAAAAGCUUAUAGAGGUGAAAUUCUCGCACAUCUCGCGCAACAUGACGAUGCAACGAACGAUUAAACUGUACAAACUACCAGACGCACCUAAAACGCCCGGCUUCCGGAAGCUCCAGGAAUCGGACCUGGAGGAAACCCGGCUGCUGCUGGAACGCUACAUGACCAAGUUCAACUUGACACCGGUCUUCGACAAGGACGAGUUCCGCCACUGGUUUUUACCGCAGGACGGUAUCAUCGAUUGCUUUGUGGUGGAAGAUCCGGCCACCGGAGAGAUAACGGACAUGGUCAGCUACUACACACUGCCAUCGACGGUGAUGCACCAUGCGGUUCACAAAUGUGUGAAGGCCGCCUACAGCUUCUACAACGUAUCGACCAAGACGCCCUGGCUAGAUCUAAUCAACGAUGCGCUGAUCUCGGCGCGUAAUCUUAACUUUGACGUGUUCAACGCACUGGACCUGAUGGAGAACAGGAAAUUCCUGGUUGAACUGAAGUUUGGCAUCGGUGACGGCAAUUUACAGUACUAUCUGUAUAACUGGCGCUGUCCGAGCAUGGAACCUUUGGAUGUUGGCUUGAUUCUUCUAUAAGCGAUCUUCUGAUUGCUGAUAUUUUUGAUUUUGAUUUUUUUUUGUUAGGAGGGAGGUUUUUUUUUUGGAUAUUUCGAUCAAGGAGCUUUACCUAAGGGUGUCAGAAGACUCUGUUGCAUACGAUUGACGAAGGUACUCGUAUAUCAGUCUUAUAGGAUGUAACUAGCGAAAAAUAACAUUAUAUUCGAGGUAAGAUGGGUUGCCAGAUUUGUAACGAAAGUUUGGGGUAAGCAUAUGGAACGCGUUCUUGAUUUGUUGCAUUCGAAGGUGAAAAAUACUGGAAGUCUAUUAUAAACAACGUAAACAAUAAUAAAGCCUAGUUUUCGUGUCUAUUUCUAAACAAAAUA